AUGGCUAAAUUCGUCCCCAGACAGAGAAAGCACAAGGUGCUGGCUCGUGAGAAAGCCAAGGAAAGCGCCCGCCAUGAGGUCGAAGACACCAACCAGGAAAUCCUGCCGGCCGCGAAGAAAGAGCUGGAGGAGAAGAAGGCUCGCAUGAAGGAGCAGUUGAAGCAGGAUGGCGCAAAGAUGAGCGGGAAGAAGGCCAAGCGCCUGGAGAAGUACAUUGACAACAAGCUGCGCAAGGACGAGAACCGCGAAUUGCUGGCGAAGCUCGCGGAGAGAAAGAUCGAUACGAGUCUGUUUGCGAGCAGCAAAUCUCUGGGACAGGGUCGCGAGACGAAGAAGCAGGCGUUGUCUCGCGCGCUAAGAGAACACAGAGCUGGUGUCGAUCCUACAUCCUCGGUGGAGAAUGUUCUUUUUGAGCAGCGACCAGACGUUGAUGAAGAGGCGGACGAAGACGAAGACGAUGCGCACAUGUCAGACGAUGCAGCUGCACCUGUAGCACAGCCCGAAGCUGAUGUACCGAAACCGGUUGCCCCGUCCACUCAAGUGCCGACCGUUACCGUUGGAACCGGUCUGAAGCGGCCACUCGAACUGGAUGAUGAAGGCCGGCCGGUGAUUCAGAAGCGACAGAAAAGAGGAGGGCUGAAGACCAAGGUAUCACUCGUUGCAGAGACACAACAAGAGUCUGAAGAAUCAGGAGAUGAUGAAGGAGAUGAUGAAUGGAACGGUUUCAGUGGCGACGAUGACGACAAGGCUGAGAAAGAUGACGAUGACUCUGACGAAGAAGAAUCUGAAGGCACCUCAGACGAAGGCUCCGAAGACGACGAUGACUCCGAAUCCGAAGAAGAAAUAAGCGAGGAGGAAGAAGACGAAGAAGAGAUGGACGAAGAGCAAAAGAGCCAAAGGUCCUCCUCCUUUAAAGCAUGGGCCCAUCAGCAACGAAACGAGGCGCUUGGAUACCAGCCCGUGGAUGCAAAUUCAGCCGUUUUGGAGAUACCGAAGCCCGAGAAUUUCGUUCCCAGAGCUCCCGAACAGGACCCAUUACCGAUGGAAUUGCAAGUCACCGAGAAAACAUCAAGAAAGGUCUUUAGUGUGGCUGUUGUAAGAACACCCGAGAUCGAAGAGGCUCGCAUGAAGCUCCCGGUCGUCUCUGAAGAACAGAGGCUCAUGGAGGCAAUUCACAACCAUGACAUUGUCGUAAUCUGUGGUUCCACUGGUUCGGGAAAAACAACACAAGUGCCUCAGUUCUUGUAUGAGGCGGGUUAUGGAUCUCCUGACUCCCCUACACCGGGAUUAAUUGGCGUCACGCAGCCCCGUAGGGUUGCUGCUGUCAGUAUGUCUAAGCGAGUGGGCGAUGAGCUGGGAGACCACUCAAGCGCAGUGGCCUAUCAGAUCCGUUUUGAAGGCAAUGUUGAUGCAAAGACGGCCAUCAAGUUCAUGACUGAUGGUGUGCUGCUCCGAGAGGUUGCGCAAGAUAUUACGCUGCGAAAGUAUUCAGCCAUUGUCAUCGAUGAGGCUCACGAGAGAAGCGUCAAUACUGAUAUCUUGAUUGGAAUGCUUAGUCGAGUCAUUAAACUCAGAACUGAGCUAUCCCAAGAGGACCCAACGAUUAAGCCCCUGAAACUCAUCAUCAUGUCUGCCACUCUGAGGAUAGAGGACAUGACAAUGAACCCUAGCCUGUUCUCAACACCCCCACCUGUUGUCGAGGUCGAAGGACGGCAACAUCCCGUAACUAUCCACUUCGCUCGUCGUACUCACCACGACUAUGUUGAAGAGGCAUUCAAAAAAAUCAGCAGAGGCCAUAAGAAACUACCACCCGGAGGUUUCUUGGUUUUCUUGACAGGCCGCAAUGAGAUUCUGCAACUGAGCAAGAAACUCAAGGCGGCUUUCGGCGGUCCCAGGUCAGCUGAGGGCCCCAAGGUGAAGAUCUCAGCGACCGAAGCGCCAGUCGAAGUUGAAGAUCUCGACUUUGGCGACGUUGAUGAGCAUUACUUUGACGAUGUGGAUGGCAUCGAGUCUGAUGAUGAAGAAGGGGAUGACGAAUUCAAACUUGAAGAGGAAGAUGAUGAGGUUGUUCCUCUCAAGAUGCAGGUACUGCCUCUGUACUCUUUGCUUCCAGUCAAGGAGCAGCUGAGAGUCUUUGAAGAGGUUCCCGAAGGAACUCGGCAGAUUAUCCUUGCAACCAACGUUGCUGAGACCAGUUUGACUAUACCCGGUAUUCGAUUUGUGUUUGACUGCGGACGCUCAAAAGAACGGAACUACGAUCGCCUCAGUGGUGUACAGAGCUACGAGAUUGGCUGGAUCAGCAAGGCCAGCGCAAGCCAGCGAUCGGGUCGUGCUGGACGUACGGGCCCAGGUCACUGCUACAGACUCUAUUCGUCGGCGGUUUACGAGAGAGAUUUCCAAGAGUUUUCAGAUCCUGAACUGCUGCGGAUGCCCAUCGAAGGCAUCGUGCUGCAGCUCAAGGCGAUGAACCUACAAAAUGUCGUCAACUUCCCCUUCCCUACACCUCCCGACCGACAAAUGCUCGCCAAGGCCGAAAAGCUCCUCACAUAUCUAUCUGCGAUAUCUCCCAGCGGCCAGGUUACCAAGGUGGGAACAACAAUGUCAUUGUUCCCCCUGUCACCUCGAUUUGCAAGAAUCUUGCUCGUUGGACACCUCCACAACUGUUUGCCAUAUACAAUUGCUCUCGUGGCUGGACUAUCCGCGGCAGAAGUCUACCUCGCAGAGAAUCAGGCAAUUCCAGCUCUCGCCGAAAAGGAAGACACAGCAAUCCGCACUGCUGCUGAUGUUAUCGCCGAAGAUCGCCAGGCCAACGUCAGGCGACUGUUCAACCAAGUCCACAAGAACUUUUGCUUCUUGGACGACAAGUCCGACGCCAUCAAGCUUCUCCAAGUGGUCGGCGAGUUCGCACACGAGCCAACCGAGCAAUGGUGUGAAACCCAUUUCGUCCGCUACAAGGUCCUCAAAGAAAUCCAGCAACUACGGAAGCAAAUCACAGAUUUACUACGAACAAACAUCCCCUCCUUCGCCGCAUUACAAUAUCAAGAAAAGUUGGACCCUCCCUCACCGAAGCAGGUCAGCGCGCUGAAGCAAAUGACCGCAGCCGGCUUCCUGGACCAAGUCGCCAUCCGCGCUGAUCUGGCACCCAACCCACCCGAGCAGUUCAGAAAACCUCGUCGUGCAAUCGACGUGCCUUAUAUCCCGCUCAUCCCUCUCAACAGACCCGGCAGAGGCGAAAAUCCCUGCGUCUACAUCCACCCUACUUCCUCGCUCGCACACGUCAGUCCCCAGGAAUGCCCCGAGUACAUCGUAUACGCCUUCCUCCAGCGCGCCACACCUUCCGGCGCACUCGACUCGGAGAAGAAGCCCAAGACGAGAAUGCAUGCGCUCACCGAUGUGACGGGCGGUCAGCUUGCUGGUCUGGCAAAGGGCACGCCGCUCAUCAGCUAUGGAAAGCCGAUCAAGGAGGUCAAGGCUCAGGCUCUGGGUGCCGAUGGAGCCACGACGCGGGAGUGCUGGGUCGUUCCGUAUUUGAGGGCGGAGAAUACCGCGGGACAGGGAUGGCCGUUGCCGGCGCAGAAGGUGAAGCAGAAGAAGAUGGCGGGCAAAGGAUGGAUUGUGGAAUGA